AUGUGGUGUAACAUAACCAAAGGAACAAAACGUGAUGAUGCCAGCAGUAUGUCUUCGUACAGUGAGGUAAUCAGUAAUGAGCUCCAUGAGUAUCUUGAAAAGAAAAAAGAUGUAGGAAGGUUCACCACUAGACUUCAGUACUUACACAACGACCACUCAUUCAAUUAUAGGAUUGAUGAAGCUUACAAACAACUGAACAAGAAGUUUGUGAAGUCAUUAAUCGAUUACUUAAUACCGAUGGAUGACUGUGAUGAGGGAAGUUUGGAAGGAAGCUUACCUACAGCAGUAGUCGAAUGCAACUUUGCAUCUGUAAAUGACGUAUUCACAAUUCUGGAAGGAAUUAUUACGAACCGUGGUAGAACUCUUAUAAGAGUGUCUUGUUGUGGAUCAUCUGUGAACUCAGUCAUCGAUGAAGUGAAAAACGAAAAGAAAUGUGUUUUGUUGAUAGACCAGAUCGAAUUGAGUAACUCCGAAUUCAUCGAUAAUUUAUUCCGUUUGUUGAACUCGAACAAUAAGGAUGACUGUCAAGUUGCAGUGAUUGUUUGUGUGUCGACUGAUGUUGGCUCGUUCACCUCGCUUUGCUCUAUUUCAACUCUUAACAGGAUCAGUGCCCAAGUCUUCCAACUUCCAACGUCCAGUGUUGUGUUCGACAAAAUUAUUGAAGAGAUUCUCUUUUUCAAAGACCAAAGAUACUGGGCUUCGGGCGAAUUGCUGGCUAUCAUCAAAAAUCGAUUUUUCUCUUCGGAUCACUCAGUUGCUGAUGUUAAAAGAGUUCUUCAUUUCGCAAUGCUUCAUCAUUGUAUCAGAAAGCCUAUGCACACAGACUCUGAGCUCUUCCAGUUCCGCAAAUGCGUCGAAAGAUAUUGGAAAUGUCUGAUAAACGUCUCUAAGAUAAUUGGCCUGCCUCAAAUGGGCAUGGGUCUCUACUUGACUCAUGAAGCUAUCCAAUGUGAUAAACCUUUCUGGACUAAACGCCAAGCAGACGCAAGUAUCGAGAACACUACUCAGAUUAAAACUUACAACACAUGGUAUGAUCAACAGAGAGUGUCGCAAAAUCCUGAACAACUUCAUAAGGUUUGCCUUGAACUCAGUUCAGUUCUCCCUGAUGAAGAAGGAAAAGCUCUGACAUCAGCGAUGGAACAAUUAGAAGAAGCUAUAAAAAAAGAUCAAGAAGAAGCAAUUAAAGCGGAGAAUAAGUCUGAAAAUGUUUCACCUGUGAAAGGUAAGAAAUUGACUUUAGCGGAGCAUAAGAAAAUGUUGGAAGCUCAAAGAGAAAAGAAGAUCAACAGUCAUAAGUCAAAAGCUCUCACAGCAUUAUUCGAUAUGAUCGAGAAAUGUAUGAGUCUUGCUCUUUGCAAAUGGGAGUGUCUACCAAAUCAUGAAAUGUUUAUUAUUGAGUCAGUAGAAGAAUUGUCUCUUCUCGAUGGUGAUCCAGCUGCUGAUGCUGAAGAAGCAAUGCUUCAACCAUUGUCCGACGGUAAACCUCCCAUAUCAAUUGCUUACCAGCAAAUGUUGAACCGUCCAAACUUCAAGCAUAUUGAACUCGCAUCUUGGGGAUCGGCUUUUGAGAAAGAAUUACCUAAGUCACUUAAGAGCCAUGCAGUCUCAGCAUUUUUCGCUUCUCUAGGUCAAUUAGAGACUAUGGGUGUAGUCAGAGCUCGACCUGAUAAGAAAAACACGAGAGUAAAUGUUAUUUAUCAUCCUACCGUCUGCACAUAA